GCCCGCCCCCGAAACCGCCCCAGUCUCCGCCCUCCGAUCCCGAGCCGCCGCGGGGGCUCGCUCCUACUGCAGCUGCCGGGGCCGGCUCCGCUCCCGAGCGGGGCAGCAGCAAAGAUGUUACGUUUCUUUCGACGAACUCUGGGGCGUCGGUCUAUGCGCAAGCAUGUGGAGAAGGAGCGGCUAAGAGAGGCCCAAAGAGCUGCAACCCACAUCCCUGCGGCGGGAGAUGCAAAAUCCAUCAUCACUUGUCGAGUAUCGUUGCUGGAUGGAACUGAUGUCAGUGUGGACUUACCGAAAAAAGCCAAGGGCCAACAUCUGUUUGAACAGAUCAUGUAUCAUCUGGACCUCGUUGAAAAUGACUACUUUGGACUGAGGUUCAUGGAUUCUGCACAAGUGGCACAUUGGUUGGACAACACAAAGAGCAUUAAAAAACAAGUUAAAAUUGGCCCUCCAUACUGUCUGCAUCUUCGUGUAAAAUUUUACUCCUCUGAGCCUAACAAUCUCCGUGAAGAGUUAACAAGGUAUUUAUUUGUUCUUCAGCUAAAACAGGAUAUUCUCAGUGGAAAGUUGGAAUGCCCGUUUGACACAGCGGUCCAGUUGGCAGCUUAUACCUUACAAGCUGAACUUGGAGACUAUGAUCCUGGUGAACAUAUUCCUGACCUGGUGUCUGAGUUCAGGUUUAUGCCCACUCAAACUGAAGAGAUGGAACUGGCCAUUUUUGAGAAGUGGAAGGAAUACAGGGGGCAAACACCAGCCCAAGCUGAAACUAACUAUUUGAACAAAGCUAAGUGGCUGGAAAUGUAUGGGGUGGACAUGCACAUAGUCAAGGCAAGGGACGGCAAUGAUUACAGCCUUGGACUGACCCCGACGGGAGUUCUGGUCUUUGAAGGCGACACCAAGAUUGGUUUGUUUUUCUGGCCAAAGAUAACCAGACUGGACUUCAAGAAGAACAAAUUAACACUAGUUGUUGUUGAAGAUGAUGAGCAGGGGAAGGAGCAGGAGCACACUUUUGUGUUUAGGCUGGAUCACCCCAAAGCCUGCAAACACUUGUGGAAGUGUGCAGUGGAACAUCAUGCUUUCUUCCGCCUCAGGGGACCCGUCCAAAAAGGCUCAAGCCGAUCAAGCUUCAUUCGGCUGGGAUCACGGUUCAGAUACAGUGGGAAAACAGAAUACCAGACAACCAAGACCAACAAAGCCAGAAGAUCAGCGUCCUUUGAAAGGAGGCCCAGCAAGCGAUAUUCAAGGAGAACGCUACAAAUGAAAGCAAACGUGGCUAAACUUGAAGAAACAAGCAUUCCGAACAAUGUCUUACAUCAAAAUAAUGGAUCACAACAAAACUGGAAUGCAAAGCCGACCCUGCCUGUCAUCAUUCCGUCUGGCCCAGUCUUAGUGGAAAUAGAAAACUUUCCUAGGAGCCCUGGAGCCAGCCAGCAAGACAUGAAAUGGCCCUUUGAUGCUGAUGACUGCCGUCAACGUGGUGGAAGUGUAUGGAACGCAUGGGCCCCGCCCUCGACCCAGUCUGCGGAUAGACACUACACUGAUUUUGUCCAUGAGCGCAAUGUGAAGAAUGCAGGAAUUCAUAGUGAUGCCAUUGGUUAUGCUGUCCAAACUACCAUGACCGAUCUAUGAGAAGUGGGCCUUUUUGGAGCUUGAGGCUGUUCUGUAACACAGUCUGGAACGUUACAUUUUCUGAGUUGCCUCUAAGAUAAGGACAAUGGACCCAGAGCUGAUUAGGAAUACCCAGACCUUGUGCGAAGGCCCCUGCAUAUGGUGCUGUUGUAUUGAAUCUUUUAAAGAAAAAUUAGCAUAUACACUACUGGUCUGUUACCCCAGGUAUUCUUGUACUGAAAAGAGUAUGUGUAUCUUUUUAAAUGUGUUAAGAUUUUUCUUAACGAUUAAAGGAUUUUAGCUGGUGGUAA